AUGCCUGACAAGGUGUUCUUCCCUGACUCGACCGACUAUACGGAUCGCAUGAGUACAUACUGGUCCGUCAGUGCAGCUCUCAACCCGUGGUGCAUCGCUCAGCCAUCGUCUGCCGAGGAUGUGUCUGCCAUCAUCAAGACAUUGGUCGCCAAUGACUGCACAUUUGGCGUUCGUGGUGGGGGUCACGGAGCCUUUGCCGGGUCGAACAGCGUUGAGGAUGGUGUGACUAUCGACUUUGGGUACAUGAACGGCACCACCUACAACCCGGACACCAAGCUCGCGUCCAUCCAGCCCGGUGGCCAUUGGCAAACCGUCUACGACACCCUCGCGCCCCACGGCGUCGUCGUCACCGGCGGCCGGGCCGGAACUGUGGGCACCGGUGGCUUCAUCACCGGCGGCGGCAACUCGUUCCACUCGGCAUCCCACGGCAUGGCCGCCGACAACGUGGCAAACUUCGAGGUGGUUCUCGCCGACGGCUCCAUCGUCAACGCCAACGCGACCUCCAACCCCGACCUCUGGCAGGGCCUGAAGGGCAGCGGCGCCAACCUCGGCCUCGUCACUCGCUUCGACAUGUACGCCAUCGAGUUCCCCGACCCAACGAACCCCGUCAUCUGGGGCGGCAACAUCUUCUACGACCUCAGCUCCGGCCCGAAGGUCGUCGAUGCCCUGGUAGACUUCACGGAGAACGUCUACAAGGACGAGAACAGCUCGUCCAUCAUGUACUGGGUGUACCUGCCCUCGGCGGGCGGCAUGUUCCUCAACGCUGCGAUUGAGAACGCCUUGGGCGAGGUGAGACCCACGGCAUUUGAUGGAUACUUUGCCGCCGGCAACAUCACGCAGGACACCACUAAGCUUGACCUCAUGUCCAACGUUUCCAAUGAGCUCGGCCAAGGUCAGCCUCCUGGUUUCCGAAACGCCUGGUUCACCUUGGCCUUUGACAAUGACGCUCGCAUCAUCAACUACGCAGCUGACAAGCAUUACACACUCGUUGCGGAUCUGGAGGCGGCUGUCGGCGUCGAGUCCGGCUUCAACACCCUCUGCAUGUUUCAACCGAUCACCAAGUCUAUCGUUGAGAAGGGCGUCCAGAACGGAGGCAACAUCAUGGGUCUGGACCAUUACAUCCAGAGGGGCAAUGGCAUCAUGUUUCUGCUUACGUUCGCCAUCAACGGUGCUGACAAGGAGGCGAUUGCAUUCCCUCUGAUCAAGGCUUACAUUGACGACGUGGAGGCCCACGCGGUCUCUCUGGGCGUCGCAUGGGAGUGGAAGUACCUCAACUAUGCCCACAAGGUGCAAGAUGCCAUUUCAACCUUUGGAGAGGCUGCUGUUUCUAAGCUCAAAGCCGCUUCUGCCAAGUAUGAUCCGACUGGUGUUUUCCAGAACCUCCGUCGUUCAGGGUUCAAAAUUCCUGUCUGA